AUGCUUUUCGGUUUUUAUCCGAGUGAAGGAAUAACUUUGGCCAUUAGUGGAUAUAAUCGAUUUUUCUUUCUCAACUCUUAUGCACACGCAGAAAAAGUUAUUAACGUGGAAAGAAUCCCUAGUAAAAAAAAAGUUCAGAUGAGUUGGAUUUCAGGAGUCAAAGAAGGCUUCAAGGUUCAAAGGAUUGCGAAUUAUUUCGUCAUUGUUCCACUUCUCAGUCCGUCUCGCCUACGAACGCUCAUAUCCUCGCAGCUACUUCGUCCGUCUCCGCCCGUCUCGCCUACGAACGCACCCGCCUACACCGUCUCCGCCCAUAUCCUCCCUCCGCCGUCUCCUCACAGAUCCGCCGUCUCCUCGCAGAUCCGCCGCCGACUGCACGAAGACGAAGGCGUUUCUCCAGCCGUCACACUGUCGCCGUCUUUGCCGUCUUCGAAACCUCCUCCACCGUCCAACUACGAUUCCGGUACGAAAUUUUCUAUUUUGUUCAACUUCAUUGUAUAUCUAUAG